AAUGAUUUGGUUGAACUGAAUGAGGUUCGUGAAGGUCAGUAUGUUAUGGCUCCACUGGAAAACGGUUUGUAUGCUCGAGCUCGAGUCAUUCAAUUGGCAGUUGGUGGAGACAAUGAUAGUUGUGCAUCGAAAGUUGCGAACUAUGCGAAGGUUUUGUUCAUCGAUGAGGGUACGACAGGUUGGUUGGCCAUCCCGUGUUUAGCCAAAAUGGAUCCAAUUCUCUCGUAUCAUCCUUGGCAAGCUAUAGCCGUAUCUCUGUUCAAGGUGGUUCUCUAG